AUGGGCGUCGUCACCAAUGGCAACAAGAAUGGGACCCUCUUUUCUACCGACAUUCUCGCUCUUGCGCUGGACAUUGUGAACCAUGCGGCCAAUAUGAAGACGCUGCUCGCCUCCCAGAACCUUCCCACUCCCAACUUUUCGCCUGACUCGCCCGAGCUGCCCGACACACCCGAAUAUGCCGCCCUGCGCAGCAGACUCGUGGCCUCGCUCGACGAUCUACGCCUGCUCGUCGUCGGCCCGCGGACCACGAUGCGCAGCCUGAUAGGCUCGAGCAACGACCUGGCCGCCCUCCAGGUCGCCUUUGAGUUUGGCUUCUUCACCAUUGUGCCCGUGGCGGAAGCAGAGAGCAUCGCCGUAGAAGACGUCGCCCGGCAAGCGGGCAUGGACGCAGGUCGAGCGCGGCAGGUGCUGAGGUUCCUAUGCACGCAUCGCAUCUUCCGGGAGGUCAAGGACGGCUGGUUCGCACACACGGCAAGUAGCGCGGCCUUUGGGCGGGACGAGAACCUGAUAGGGCUCGGACAAUAUUCUCCGCCUCCUUCGACGGCCGACUGCAUCAAGGCGUCCUCUCAAGUCUCGGACCUCGUCCAUUCACCCUUUACGACGCGUCUGGGUACGACCAUGUUUGAGUACUACGAGAAAAACCCAGAGCACGCUACUCGGUUUGCCACGGCCAUGGCGGGUGUUACAACCAUCGACCGUAAAUCUAGCACACUCGGUGAUGUGUUUCUAUGGGACACCCUAAGGGGCACAGUGGUCGACGUGGGCGGCGGCAGCGGACACGUCUCGAUCGCGCUGGCGCGCCGGUUCCCGCACCUCUCCUUCCGCAUUCAGGACAGCGAGAAAAUGCUCGCCCAGGGCCGGCGUGUCCUCGUCAAGGAGGACCCGGCCGUGGCCAGCCGCAUCGAACUGCUGCAGCACGACUUCUUCCAGCCGCAGCAGCCCGGCGGCAACGCCGUCGCGGCCUUCUUCCUCCGCCAUGUCUUCCACAACUGGGCCGACGCCGACUCGACGGCCAUCCUCCGCGCGCUCGUGCCCGGCCUCGAGGCCGCGCCCGCGGGAACGCCCAUCCUCAUCAACGACAGGGUGCUGCCGUGCCUGGGUGACGGGACGCCGCUGCACGAGGAGCGCGCGAUGCGUCGGCAGGACAUCAUGAUGCUGGUGGGACUGGGCGCCAAGGAGCGCACCCGCGCCGAGUGGGAGACCCUGUUCCGGGCGGCCGACGAGAGGCUCGAGCUGAAGAGGGUGCACGCGCAGGGGCAGUCGGCGCUGUUGGAAGUUAUGCUGAGAAAAUAA